GGAAAAUAAAUAAGCAACUGGAAGUCAUAACAGUGUUCUGUUUAAAAUAUGAAAAAAAACACAAAUAUAAUUACAUAAGUGAAAUCAGGAAAUAUUGAUAAAUAGAAUACUACACAUAUUUACCACAUUUAAUACAUAAACAUUAUCUUAUAAAGUAUCCAAGAUGGGAUUCAAUUGAGACAUGUAUAAACAUAAUAUUUAUAUAUAUGCAUAUAUAGUUAGUGAUAUAUUAGAACAUAUCCUUCAUCAACGAAAAAAACCAUAACAUUAGCAUAGAAAGAUACAGAAGUGAAAAAAAUUAAAUAAUGAACAAUCAGUUGCCAGCAGAAUCUUUGACAACCGCAACAAACAAUGGAAACACUUACGACAGUUUAUUAACUAUGUCACAAAAGUAUACAGAAUUACUUAAUUUGUGCACAUCAAUGCUUAUGAUGAAUAGUGCAACCAUAAAUAUGAAUCAAACUUUCACAAAUAAUUGGAUUGAUGAGAUCAAUCAUAAAGCCAACUUAUCGAAUUCACCAACUCAUUCAAAAUCCGACCAAGUGCCAACAUCUAAAGCACAUAUUUUUCCGACAACAUCUUUACAAUUAAAUCAACCGAAAUAUCAAACAUCACAAUCUCCAUUAUUAUUUGAUUUCUCUUCAGAUCUAGGCAAAACUGAACAUUCAUCGCAUCGCAUACCAAGUUGGCGUAAUUUUCUAAUUUGUAUUUACACUUUAUUAACAAUAUGCGGAGCAACAUUCAAUUUAAUUUUGAUAUUUGCCUUGUUAAAAUUUAGAAAGCAAACAUUAUCGCACAAUAUUACAAAUUUGUUUGUAUUAUGCUUAGCUGUAUCCGAUAUAUUUUUGUGUUCAGUGAGUAUGCCAAUACAAUUAUAUUAUGAAAUGACAGAGAAUCAUAAACCAAGCACAGAUUUGUGCAGAGUAUUAUUUAGUAGUUUCGGUAUACCAAUGUAUAUAUCAUGCCUAACUAUUUUAUUAAUUGCAUUUGAUAGAUAUCGUCUUAUUGUUUAUCCAUUAAAAACACAAUUAACACCGAAAGCAGCAUUUGGUCUAAUUAUUAUUGUCAUAUUAUUUAGUGCAUUGAAUUCAAUACCAGUUGCAUUACAAGUAAACAGUGAAGGUUUAAAUGAAUAUCAUUAUUGUGUAGAAUCAUGGCCAAGUCCACAAUUACGAUUUGCUUAUUCUGUAUCCAUUUUUGUCAUAUUAGUGCUAUUACCCUUAAGUGCAUCAGGUGGAUUUUAUUUAGCUAUCUAUCGACGAUUAAAACAACGACCUUGUCAAUUAAAUGCUAGUAAAGAAGCAGAAAAACGUAAAAAGCGUACAACUAGUUUAUUAGUAAUAACAGUUGUUUGUUUUGCAGUCUGUUGGACACCAUGGUGUUUAUAUUCAUUAUUAUUAGAAGUACAAGCUUUAUUAAAUGUUGAAAAUGAUUUACCAUCAGCAAGUACAUAUGAUUUACUAAAAUUUAAUCGAUUAUUCAAUUCAAGUCAACAAGCAAUUCACAAAGAGGAUGAAACAUGGAAAUACUCUAUUGGUUUGAAAACAUGUGAAGACUUCCUAUGGUAUACAAUGAAUCAGUCACUACCUAUUAUGAAUGGAAAUUUUACAAUGGAUUCAUCGAUUGACUUAAUGAAACCAAAUAUGAAUAUUAUACCGGGGAGACACAUAAAAAUUAUUGAUCUUUUAUUAAAAUUAUUUGCAAUGGGUUCCGCCUGUGUCAAUCCAUUGUUGUAUGGAUGGUUAAAUGAACCAAUACGUGUAAUAAUGCGUAGACAAUACAGUAGAUUUGAAGGAUGCUUUAAAUGCUUUGAAAUUAGCCGACAUCGUACAGAGAAUAAAAAACAUAUGAAAAAUUAUAUAGAGGAACAAAAUUUACAAAAAAGACCAUUAACUAAUACGUCUUGCUUUGAUCAACACAAAUCAACAUUAUUAUCAUCAUCAUCCUCCAAAUUUUUGAGACCUUCACAUUUCAUUAAAUCCAAUUCAGAUUAUGAUACGAAACCAAAAGUGAAAAUUGACAGACCGAAAAUUGGUAGUAAACAACUAAAUAAUGCUCGAUCAGUGAGUUAUGCUGAAGGAGAUACUGAUCUCAAUAACAAAGACAGUUUAAACCAAAUAAUCGUAAUAAAAAAUAAUAAACGUGACUCUGAUACUGGGAUUUUAACAAACAAUGAUAAUAAUAAUACUGUCGACAGCAAUCAAUGCUAGUUUGAUUUACUGCCACUAAAAAGACAUAAAUUUAGAGGAAAACCACACGUUAGUAGAUUAUAACUGAAUGUAUCCGAUUGUUAGAGUAAAACAUCAAAUUAUUCAAAUUUAAUUCCUUAAUUUUUUCCCAGACAUAAAACAGAACGUUCCACACUUCAUAUACAAAGAAACAGAGAAUCUGUUAACCUUUAUGUAUCCAAGGAUGACGAAUAAGUAGAUGAGUUUGUUCAGAGAUUCGUACAUGCACUCUCCUUUCUGCUCUUUUAAUGCAUUUUCACUCUGAUACGCAGUCAUGUAUUAACGAUAUAAUAUCCUGAGAAGAAAUUCCAGGAGCUCUGUUGAGAGUUCAGACAUGUCGCGUGCAAGGCAGUCACCCACAAAAAACAAUUGGAGAUGAUUGCACAAUGUCGUGAAAUGAUCGAGGUUGGGUAUUAACACCGUUGGAUGCCACUUAGUGUUCUAAAGCUUAGCUGUUCGCGUGAAAAGCGGAAUGUUUUGGGUUCAACACCUGUGUGCGGGGUUGUGGUUGAGUACUGAUGACGUGAACCAUGCUGGGACGAAACGGUCGUCCAGUACUUCUAAGUUUUCAAUUAUAAUAUUCUAUCGAUCGGUUCAUUAUUUCGAUGAAACCCAACAAUCUCUACAACUAUAGACUUACAACGACUUUUAAUUGUUUAAUGAAGUAGUUAGUAAAUACACAGUGAAAUCAAUAGUUGAUGAACAAGUAAUUUUUAGUAACUUAGUUGUUUCAUUGAACUUAUUAUCUCUAAACAUGGUGUGUAACAACUCUAUCACCGCUAAACAUUUACUAUUUCACACUGUACUACAAAUUUUACAAGUGCUUCCUCAAAGUAAUUUUUUAUUUGAAUGGAAAUAAAAAUACAUUAAAA